AAUCCAAAAGGACUUUUGCAAUCUUCCACAUUUAGCCCACACUAAUCCUCUAAAACCCAACAGGCAUACUCUUAUCUCUCUCUAAAAUCCCACUCCGCCGCUUCCUGUUCCCACCUCCACUCCUCUCUAAAACCUCCACAGAAACCAAAACCAAAACCACCACCAACAUCACCACCGCCAUUUGGAGGUGCUUUCCGAUCACAAACAAAAAAAAUUAAAAAUUAAAAACCCACCCCCUCCCCUUUCAUCCAUAAGCAAAUGGCGGCCACACCUACCUCAGAAAUGGCGGACGGACCCGUCCUCAGCCUAAUCACCAAACGCCUUCGCGCUCUCAAGAAGAAACACAACCGAAUCCUCCAGAUGGAAGAGUCCAUCGCUCAAGGCAAGCCUAUCAACAAAGAACAAGAGGACUUCCUCCGUUCUAAACCCUCUGUUUCCGCAGCAAUUGACGAGCUCGAGAAGCUCCGCCAGCCUCUCUCCAUCGCUGUCUCGGAAGAAAUUGAGCUCGCUGCUCAUCGACUCAACCCUAAAUCUGACAGCACAGUUGUUCCGGAAGCAAGUGAUGAAAUGUUGGAGGAUCUGUUGCACUUGUUGUAUUUUGGGUCGUUGUUUGAUGUCAAGUCACAGAACGAUUUCACUGCCACCAUGUUGACUCGGACACAUGAAAGAGGUUGUUGCUUGACUUAUGAUUAUGUCACUGAUGAUGCCACGGAUCUGCUUGGCGAGAGGGAUUUGGAUAUGAUAUCUAUGUUGGGUGGUUUAUUGAUUUCGCGUCCCGGCAAUACUAGCUUAUCUCAUAAGAAUGCUUUGCAGCGUUGUAUGGAGCACGCGAAGUUGUGGCUGGCUAAUUCAGACCAACCUAUUGAUUCCACCGCUAAUGUUUCCUAUGCUGAAUUGAGGGAGAGGCUCAACAAGAUCAUGGCUUCCGAUUAUUUUACUACCACACCGGAGAUGAAAGCUCCGGUGGAAGUGGCUGCUGCUGCUGGCAAUUACGUGCCUUUCCAGGUUCCUUUCUCAGUUCCAGUACAAGUGGAUGACUCCGUUGCACAAUACCAGCCAAAGGAACAAGAGACAGAAAAUUUCCAACACGAGACUGGUGAUAAUCAGUCUACUCCUACUGAGGAAUCUCAGAAGGAUGAACAGGAGACUGGAAAUCCAGCAGAAGUUGUCCUAGAUCAAGAAGAGCAAGACAAGCCAUUGACAGAAGUAGGAGUAGAUCAUAAUCAGAGAGAGCUGGAGCCUGAGCAACAAUAUGUCAAUCGAAGGAACUACCAGAACCAAAGAGGUGGUCGUGGUGGUGGCAAUGGCGGUCGUAGGGGCUAUUCAAAUGGCCGUGGUGGUCGAAGUGGUUCUAGAGGAGGUGGUGGCUACCAAAAUGGCCGCAACCAAUAUUAUGAUCAACCCGGAAACUUUCAGCAGAGGAACUACUAUAAUAAUCGAGGAAGGGGUGGCAGAGGUGGUGGGCACACUUAUAACAACCACGGUUCGACAGGUCAAGGUGGUCCUGCCGCUGCUGAUGUUGGGGUGGCUUCAUGAUGGCACUCAUUGUGUGUCCAUAGGGUGUCAAGUUCCCAGUUUUAUAGGUGGGUGGCGAAAACAUUUCUUUUGCUUUGUGUGAGAAACUUGUCAUGAAUGCAGGUUAAUGUUGAUGGAUAGACACUCGCCCUCUUUUUGUAGCCAGCCAGCGAACUUUCUAUUUAAAACUUGAAGAAAAUGAAGUUCAACUUGAUUUGCUAAAAGGGGGUUAAUUAGCGAAACAUUUAGCCGCUUCUUGUUGAUAAACUUGACUAGUGCUGAUUAGGUUAGGCAGGCUUUUAUGGCUAAUGUAUGGUUCAAGUGGUGCAUCUGGUCUGGUUUAUUAGCCAGAUCUGGAAGGUUUAUUGUUAUUUGACUAUAGUCGACUAGCUGCCCGCUUUGAUUGAUCAGUGAAUGUGAUCCUCCUUUUAACCUUUUUUUUUCA